AUGGCUCUUACCGGUAGCUGCAUGUGUGGUGCUAUCGCAUACAAGAGCACCAGCGAACCUGAUCUUACCGCUCUCUGCCAUUGCACCGAUUGCCAGAAGUGGACCGGCGGCGCCUUUACUUCCAACGUCGUGAUCCCCGAGGAUGCCUUCAGCAUCACCAAGGGGUCUCCUAAGCAGUACGACGUCACUGGCGCCUCAGGCAAGCUCAACCAUCACUUCUUCUGUGGUGAUUGCGGCUCCAGCCUGUACACUCGCCUCGACAUAAUGGAAGGCAAGAUCAUCAUCAAGGCUGGUGGUCUUGACGAGGGCAAGGCCAACCUCGAUAACAAGGUUGCUGUUGAGUUCUACUGCCGUGAUCGUGUUAGCUACAUCCAGGCUGCUGAGGGUGCCAAGCAGGAGCAUCUGUUCGGUUAA